AUGACGGAGCUAUCAGACGUGACUGGCACCCUAGAGGAGGAUCUACGUGGAAGGGAAACAAAUCCCCCUCCAAUCGGAGUGAGGACGAGGGCUAGGUCAAAGGACAUCAUGGCUGGCUUAGAGGCAAGUGUGGCAAACAUGGAGGGGUCCAUAGCCAACGUGUUGGAGCAACUUGAGGAUGCUCACCAGCGCAUGGAUGAUGGGCUGAAGUCGAAGGACGUUGAGGUCCAGAAUGUUGUCAAAGGGUCACUUAAUGCCCUAAGUGGUGACUUUCGGCAGGAGCUCCAAGCACUUCGAGAACUUAUGUUGGGGGAGUUUGCCACCCUACGUGGCUAUGUUGAUCAGGAGCUUGGCACUUUCCGCGAGCAAAUGGAGGAAAUGCGAGCGGACUGGACAUUGUGCAAACGGGCGGUGGCGUCCUGCACAGCUACUACGGGGGUAGUAGCACCCCCGGUUGAUAUUCCCAAGCCUAAGUGCUAUGGUGGAAACCGGGUAGCGAGGGAGUUGGAGAACUUCCUCUUCAGCAUGGAACAAUACUUUAAGGCUGCGGGCAUGACCGAAGAGACCAUCAAGAUACGCACGGCGACCCACUACCUCACUGAUCAUGCCAUGUUAUGGUGGAGGAAAAAGUAUGGUGACAUGGGCAAAGGUACGAUCUCUAUUGAUACUUGGGCUGAUUUCACUAGGGAAAUUAAGAAGCAUUUCUAUCUUGAGAAUGCCGAGGAUGAAGCCAGGGGUAGGCUCCGAAGGCUAAAACAGGUUGGGUCGAUUUGGGACUAUGUGAAAGAAUUCACUAACUUAACUCUUGAGAUCCCGAAUCUAUCCGACAAUGACUCUUUUUUCUUCUUCGUGGAUGGCUUGCAGUUGUGGGCUAAGACGGAGUUGAAGCGGCGCAACGUGCAAGACUUUGCCACAACUAUUGCAGAGGCGGAGUCCUUUAUUGAUUUCAGCUCCAAGAAGGAACCCUCGUCCAAGCCAAAAGAUAAAGACAAGGACAAGGGGAGGUAUGCCGGCAAAGGUGGGGGAGACAAGGUCGCUGCACCCCACAAGGAUUGGUCCCGUAAGCCAGGUGGUGGCCAUGGUGGUAAAGAGGUAAGGGAGAACAAGGAAGGAGCACCCAAGCCUAAGGGUUCUUGCUUCAUAUGUGAUGGGCCAUAUUGGGUGAAAGAUUGCCCUAAGAGGAAAACCCUCAAUGCCAUGACAAACCACUAUGAGGAGCAACAACAGCAACAUGAGGCGCAGAUGGGUUCACUGCAAAUCCUUAAUGCCAUCAAGGCUAAAACUGAAGUCACUAAGGCGGCGGUUAAGGGGCUAAUGUUCGUGGAGGCAAGCAUCAAUGGGACACCCACACGUGCUUUGGUGGACACGGGUGCAUCCCACAACUUUGUGAGCCUUGACGAGGCCAAGAGGUUGGGCCUCAAGUAUAGCAAAGAAGGGGGCUCCAUGAAGGCAAUUAACUCAGCGGCGAAGGCUAUACAUGGCAUGGCACAUGGCGUCAGAGCAUGCAUUGGCCAGUGGGUUGGCCACAUAGACCUAUCGGUUGUACCCAUGGACGACUUCAAACUAGUCAUUGGGUUAGAGUUCUUAAACAAGGUGAGAGCCUUCCCCAUUCCUUUCGCUAACACUAUGUGUAUUAUGGAAGGAAACACAGCAUGCAUGGUGCCGGUGAAGAGACGGGCCAAAUUAGAAGCCCAACCUUUGUCAGCUAUGCAGUUCAAGAAGGGCUUCAAGAAGGGAGAGACUAGCUACCUUGCCACGUUAUUGGAGACACCCGAUGAUGAGCUAGUCCCUUCCCCGCAAGAAGAGGUGCCUAAGGAGAUACGAGCCGUGCUAGACGAGUACAUGGACGUGAUGCCUAAGGAGCUGCCUAAGAAGCUUCCACCUAGGAGGGAGGUGGAUCAUAAGAUCGAGCUGGAACCGAGUUCCAAACCCCCUGCUUUGGUGCCUUACCGGAUAGCACCCCCAGAGUUGGAGGAGUUGCGGAAGCAACUCAAUGAGCUGUUAGAUACGGGCUACAUUCGACCCUCGAAGGCCCCAUAUGGCGUACCAGUGUUGUUCCAGAGGAAGAAGGACGGGUCCUUACGCAUGUGCAUCGACUACCGGGCGCUCAACAAGGUGACUAUCAAAAACAAGUACCCCAUUCCUCUCAUUGCCGAUCUUUUUUAUCAGCUUGGUGGAGCACGCUACGUCACUAAGCUAGACUUGUGCUCGGGGUACUACCAGGUACGGAUAGCGGACGGGGAUGAGCCUAAAACUACAUGUGUGACGAGGUAUGGCUCUUAUGAGUUCCUUGUUAUGCCAUUUGGUCUCACCAAUGCACUUGCUACUUUCUGUACUUUGAUGAACAAGCUCUUUCAUCCCUACUUGGAUCGCUUUGUGGUGGUGUACUUGAAUGAUAUUGUUGUGCAUAGCAUCACUCUAGAGGAGCACGUGCAGCACUUGAGGGCGGUCUUCCAAGUCCUAUAG